UACCACUUAACCACUUCUGCAUAAGGUAAUCUCAUCUCUUUUACCACUGACAAGCAUUGGAGCUAGUCGUUCAUCUCCUAGUCCAUAGGGUGGAUUCAAUCUUGUGGCGCAAGACUAAAAGGCCCGUCGACCUGUGGACGUAGGCUCGAUUCACAGCACUACCACUCUGCCAUGCAUAUCACAGCAAUUUCUUCCUCCACCUUUGCCACCACCGCCUCCAUGAUCCCAUCCAUCCCAAAAAAUCCACUCGAGUAAUGCCUGGCAUCAUGGCUUAGACGUGACACCUCUUGACCCCGCCCAAUGAUAGGUCAAACCUCGGGAGGCGGCUCUCUGGCGCUCUCUGGUCUGUGAUAUUAUUAUCAUGUACACCCUGCCCUUUUGUUCGCUCCUGGAAUUUCUUUCCCCACGAGACCUGUCUCUUCGCUACAGUCCCUCCAUAACCCCAAUCCCCCUGCGACGUCGUCCGGGGAAAAAGUCUCGCUAUUGCGACCCGUAUCCGUGGGCUGAAGGCUAAACCGAAACAAAGGGCUCAGUUGUGACGCCCCGCUCGUGCAAUCUGUCGCCAGAGACGCCAUCCAACAGGCGACAAUAGCGAAAACUGCGAGUCUGUCGAGAUCAAAGCAAAGCUGCCACCUACAGCUUUUUUGCUUUUUGACACUCAUUGUGGUGGCGCCGAAUCCCCGCGCUUCCUCGUUCUCGAGCGCCUCAGUCUAUUGAGAGUGCUAAUAUCACAGCGAAGGCCUCUCACAACGAUAGCCCCGCUCUCACAUUCCUGGCGAAAUCGUUCCAUAGGGCGACUCGAAGCGAAAUCAGACAACAACAACAAGCAUACUGCGCCAGCCACGACUUGUCUUACUACUCCACAGGCGUAUCCAGCGCAGCUCACAGGCUGGAUCAGGAGCCACGUUAUAAACCGCGCCUACCUGCUGCACCUGCCCGUCCAUUUCAAUAAUACAGCCCUGACAGAAGCACGUUAAAUAACAAUGCGAACUGGACUUCUUAUGACCCGUGCAUAGUUGACCGUGGGGGGGAUCAAAGCAUAGGCGCCAACUCAGCUGGACGACGACGACGAUAACUGCGGUUCCCGUUGCUCCGAUCUUUAGUGAAUGGGACAUGAGCUCAUCAAGCCAAAACUGUACUCUGGUUAACAAUCCGCGCAUCGCCUCAGCCGACGAGCGCUGGCCAAAACUCAAAUAUCAUGUCGUACCAAUACCCACCUCCACCAAGUUCCGGCGCGGAUUAUAAACUCUCACCACGUUCGAUUGGCACCUUCCAAAUACCACCUACAAUACCCCCAGAGCUAUCGCAACAAGUGCUAGAUAGCAACCUAUUCUCUCAAGAACUCGAUCAGCAUGCGCCCGACCAAGGAGGAAAAGUAAAGCGGUCAUCGUCAACCUCCAACAUCCACGAUCAAGCGAUAGCCGAUGCAGCCUUGGCGGCAUCGGCCGAGAAGAGGAGAAAUAAGCUGGGAUACCAUAGAACUUCUGUUGCUUGUGGACACUGCCGUCGAAGAAAGAUCAGAUGCAUUCUUGCGCCAGGAGACCUCCAAAAUCGAUGCGCCAAUUGCAUCAGACUGAAGAAGGAAUGCAACUUCUACCCUGUUGACCAACCGCCGCAGCAGCCCGAAUCAAAGGGCCAGCGUGGCGCACCCGGCGGCAGAGGAGUCGGCGGGGCUUCUUCUUCGUCAUCCCCUACAGAUCAGAUGGGCCGUAAUUCAGAAACACAGAAUGGACUGUCAUAUCCAAAUAAUAUGGCCAUGCCUCCUUAUCUCGGCUCUUCGGAUCUAAAAAGGCUAAAAGACGAUGGUUUCCCACCUGAAAAUAGAGGCCUUGUCUUCGGAGCGCAAAAUGAAUACCAACCUAAUUCGGCGGCUUGGAUGCAAUCCAAACCACCACCUUCAUCGAGACCCGUGGCCGAUGCCUCCGGUUACUGGCGCGUUAAUUCCCAAGAAUCUUUGGCCCCAGCAUUCCCAAUGUACUCUCAACCUUUGAAUCAACCUCAGCAUCAGAAUUGGUCGCCAGGUGCGGUGGAACCUGGACCCCGAGAAGAGCUCAACUGGGUGGUACCCCAGCGUUCCGUGUCUUUUGGGCACCUCGAGAACAUGCCCCAGGCACCCUAUAUGCACGGGAUCCCAUCGGGUGAUCCAAAUUCGAUUGCAGUAUCAGGCCCAACCAUCGGAUCCUCUCACAUCUCCGAUCCUCGGCAGCAACCGCCAUCCUCAGCACCGCAGCCUUGGUCGGUUCCGCAGUACGGUUAUAUGAAAACUUCAGCUGCGCCAACCGCUGAGGGGUUCAAUAGCUGGUUUCCAAAUAAUUCCAACAUGCCACUCAAUCCCCAGGGCGGUGGCGACAAUAUGCCUUAUGAUUCAGUAUAUUACAACGACACAGCGCAAGCCGGGCGCCCACAGUAGCAAGGCUCCCAACUACAUACGGCGGAGAAUGAUAACGAAGACAUUGAAAGUAGAACAUGCGGUAGAACGAGCUGGAGGUCGGGGAUAAUGAGCAAUGGGUCAGUGAUGAGAACGACGUAGGCCCGUGUGGGCGUUGUUAAAUGUCGGUGUGAGACUCAAGGUCUUGGGAUAUUAUUCCCAACGAAAUCACCAUUUUUGACUCCGAAUAACACCGUGCCAAUGCAAAUGCUUCCCGUAGAUCUUUAUUUCACAUGGAUUAAUGACCAACACACUAAUUAAUGGCUAAAGGGAAGCUUAGCGUAAUCAGUCGGCAGGCUCCCUUUGUUAUUCGCUGCAGAGUAGGAUCCGCGACUUCCUUGUCGUGAUUCUCAUACAGUAGUUUUGGGGAUAGUGUCCCGUAUUAACGUUGUGGCCUUAAAUAUAAGGCUCCGUAAUUAUAGUCCUUAUCUACAAUCAAUCCCA